AUGAAAGUAGAGUUUUGUGUUUAUUUCUAAAUUAUUCAAUUUUAUAUAGUCUAAGUUCUUGCAUAAAGUAAUCAAGUAGGAUUUGUUUACAAUUCAAUCCCAUACUAAUCCUAUGAUGUUUAGAGCUUAAAUGGAACUUCAGGUAGAAUAAAAGUGUCUCCAUAAACUGGAAUUACAGUAGUUGCAAUAGGAAAUGCUGGAAUUAUGAUAAUAGAUAAUAAAUUUAAUACAUAUGUCUACUAAUCUCCUGAUAAUAGCUACAUUUAAUGUAUUUAAAUAUCAAAAAACGGCCAAUUUAUCUUUCUAGGGAUGACUGGAAAACUAGGGAUCUUCUAAUUAAACUAAAAUGACAUGAGUAUCAAGAUGGUUAAUGCAAUAAAUGUUCAAGACAUGACUAUAGUUGAUGUUUAAUUUAAUUAAGAGGAAGACAUAAUGUUUGUUGUAGGUUAUUUAGGAGUUAUGAAAUGGUAUGAUGCUAGGAAUUCAACAAAUAUUAUAGAGUUAGGUGCAAUUGAUUAUUCUCAAGACUAGUUACUUUUCAACAGAGCAGCUAUGUCUCCUGAUCCUCAUAUCUUCUACAUUGCUGCUGAUUUUGAAGGAUUAAUUGCUUUUAAAAUAGAUAAAUUAAUCUAAAAUAAUCAACUUUAAGUCAACUUAACUAGAAUCUUAACCAAGCCAGCCGUAUCUAGCUUUACAGAUGUUGUUAUGACUAGUAAAAAUAAUUAUGUCUUCGCUAUUGACAGAUGGAGUGGGAUUUUUAUUAUUUAUGAUUUAAGCUAACUUAUUCUUGAUGGAAAUGAUAUAGAAGAUAAAAACUAAUAGCUAAUCCAGAUGGUACCUGCUAAUUUAGGUAACAAUAUUGGAUACACGUCUUCGAUAGCUUUGAGCUUAGAUGACCAGUUCUUAUAUGUAGGAGCAAGAUCUUUAGGCAUACUAAUAUAUAAUAUCUAAGAUCCUUUAAAUCCUAACUUUUUCUAGCAGCUUUAAUUAACUGGCCAAUCUUUUUCUUUGGCUUUAUCUCCUAAGCAGAAUGUUAUCGCCAAUACAAAAUUUGAUAAUUAAUUCAUUUAUUAUUCUAAUUCAUUGUCUGUGGCUGUAUUCUAAAAACAAUUGCCUACCCUUUUUAACAAUAUCCCAAAUUUAUUCAAUGCACAAUAGUCUUAAUUUUUUAUUGAAGGAACUGCUAUUUCAAAAUGGAGAUGCGCUAUUUCUUCAAAUAAUAAAUAUCUGCUUGGAGCUUUCGAUGCUGACAGUCUUUGUAUUUUUCAGAUUGGUGUUAAUUCCUAUACAAAAUCUUCUCCUUCAACUAUGAAACUAUAAUAUCAAUUUUCUGAUAGCCAAGAGUAAAUUUUAAAAACAGACUCAUUUAGAUAAUUUGGACCUAACGAAUCAAUUCCUAUUGGAUUCUAUGUAGAUAAUAUAUAUUUCUCUAAGGAUGGUCAAUAUAUUUAUUUUUCUGCAUAGCAGUCCACUUUAAAUGUCAUAGCAUACAAAUUUAAGGUGAAUAUAUCUAUUGAUGGGGAGUAUUCUUUUGAAUAUGUUAAAGGAUUACACUAUGAUUAAGUCUAUUAUUGUGAAGAAAUGAAUUUUAGUGAAGAUGAAUAACAUGCUGUUAUGUCAUUUGAUGUAGGAAUAGCUCUCGUUGACAUGGUUAAAUUCGAAGUUAUUUCGAUGUACACUAACUCUGGUGUGAUCGGAACUUGUUGCGGUGCAGUUUUAUCACACGAUAAAAAGCAUGCAUUAGCAGUUGUCAGAAAUGUUGGCUUAUUUAUUUAUGAUACUUCUGACAUGGCAAAUCCAAAAAUGGUAAAUAAUUGGAGAACAAAUGGAGGUGAAACGCUACUUCGCUCUAAAACAAGCUAAAUAAUUUACUUUUUAGAUGGUUUUAAUGGUCUCAUUUUAUUAGAUUCCACAAAGUUACCAGAAAUUGUAGUUAUAGGUCAUUAUGUAUCUUCAGGCUGGACAAAUUAUAUUUCCUUUACAUUAGACGAAAAAUAUGGAAUUAUUUCUACUAUGGAUGCAGGUACUCUAACCCUUAUUGACCUUACAGAUAAAUCUAACUUAAGAGUAAUCAUGAAAUCAACCAUCCCAUCAUAAAAUUCAGUUACCACUUGUAUAGAUUAAACAGGACUCUCUUAUUUAUUUUCGAUAAAUUAAUAAAACUUACGUCUUUAUAAUUUAUAAAGCUAAGUAUAAAUUCAUGUUGAAAGAUAGUUGCUAUCUAUUUCUUUAAAUAGCUAUACUUCAAUUUCUGAAAGUGAUCCAUUUUAAGUUGGGUUAUAAUACUUAGUUAGAUUUGUUGUUUUAUACAGAUAGCCUAACUAAAUAAUUAGAUCAAUUUAUUAUUAUUAAAAUCUCGUGCUUUAAGAUUUACCUUCUUGGAUGAUUGUUGAUAGAUCUGAUUAAAGCAAUUCUAAUUUGCAGGUUUUGCUCCAACUAAAUAUUCCUAAAGAAUGUUUAGAUUCUCAAGCAGGGAAUAAGAGCUUUUUAACAAUAGUAAUUUAAACUUGCUUUUAACUUGAUAAUACUUCUUUUAUUUUUGAAGUAUCAGACUUAACUACAACUGAGUAAGAAAGCAAAUAAAUUUUCAAUUACUUAAAAUAAGCUAGUUAUAUUGAUGGAACAAAUUGUACUACUAACAAUUUUGACUCUACCACUCAAUAAUAUAUUGAUCUCUCUUUAGUCUUCGAAGGAACUAAUAUUGACCCUAAUAGAAUUGCUAACAUUUAAUCAUAUGUGACUGAAACAUUUAAACGAAGUAGUGUUUAUAAUUAAUUUGUUUUUGAUGUUAUUAGUUCGCUUUAAUUUAAUCAGAAUUAAAAAUCUCAAAUGAUUUCAGCUAUUUAGAAGGAUAUUACUGUAAGCUUUACUUUUUAAGAAGACUCUUAAUAUAAUUUUAUUUAGAAAAUCUACCCAAAUUUAGUUAUGUAUUUUAAUGAUUAGCUUACUGUUAUGAAAAUAGAAGGUGAUUUUAAAUAUAUCAAUCAAGCUUUAAGCAACGGAGUGCUUUAUUUUGACAAAAGCAAAUAUAGUAAUAAAACAUUCAAUUCUUCACAAGAAAUCUUAGUUGAAAUAAGUGAUAAUUUUAACUAUAAUUUAAACUUAAAUUUAAAUGUUGAAAGCGAAGUAAAAUUUUUGAAACUCAAAUCAGAUAUUAUCAUUCAAAAAACACUAUAAGAUCAAGUGAAUAAUUAAGGAACAGAUUUAACGAUUGAAGAAUCUUUUUUAAUAUAAUUUGAUAUUGCUUCAUUUGUUGAUCCUGAUUAAAUACCACUAACAUAUUAGUUCUAAUAACAAAUAAGUGGAUAGUUUGUGCCUAUCUCUUCUGAUUCAUUUAUUAAAUGUGAUAACAUUAAUCUACGUUUAGUUGGUAGUCCUCCCUCUAGCUACUUAUUUUAAACUAUUUAGCUAAGAUUAUAAGUAAAUAAUGGUUACACAACGAAAUAUGAAAAUUUUUAUAUAAAAAUAAAUAAAAUGCCUUUCAGCUAUGUUUUAAACAUACUAAUUUAAGUACUUGGUCCUAUUGCUUUUGCAUUUGGUUUGUAUAAAAAAAGAUCAGUUUUUAUGAAUCUUUACUUUAAAAAUCAAACAAUGUAUUCAACUGAAACAGCUUAUGUGAAUUAAACUUAUAGGAAAAAGAUUCUCAUUUUAGAUCUAGAUUAUGAAAUAGCUUACUUAUUUUUAUAAAAAUUUCUUAAGUAAGCAAAUAAAAAUUAAAACUAAACCCAGAAUGCAUAAAAUUUUAGCUUAACAAAAAAGUCAAUUUUAAAUCUUGACAGCGAAAAAACAAUUAAUUUUUAGCAAAAUAUUGAAAAUCCAGACAAAUCUAAAUGCAUAGAAGGAAGUUCAAACAUUGUAACUUACUCUUAAGUUUUAACUUAAAAUAUUCCUUAAAAAAUCAAUAAAAAUCAAGAAAAUAUAAUUAAAUUUUUAGAUAAUAAUUUAACAAGCUAGCAAGUAGAUGAUAAAGAGAGUUAAAAUGCAGCUAAGAAACAAUUGAAUGAAAUGAUUUACUCUCAAUUUAGUUCUAAUUAUAAUAACAAGGAAGCAUUUAAUAAAUAAAAAAACAAAAUAAAUUAAUAGUCUAAGCUCAAAAAAAUAUUCAAAGAUAAAUAUGAUAGAAGUUUCAAUAUGGAGCAAUCAGAAAUUAGAUAGAAAAUUUAGUCAAUAGAUAAAAUCUAGCAAAAUGGAAUUUCUAAAAAUAUGGAAAACAAAAGUAACAUAAUACAAAAAAAUAUAAUUUAGAUAGAAGAUGGAACAUUCUAAAUGGAGAAUUUAUUUAAUUAAAUGAUUGACUAAAAACUAGUAAUUUAAUAUAAUUUAUUGGAUUACAAAAUAGAAGAUUAUGCCUCAGAUUUAUAAUAUGAAGGCUCCAGAUUUUACUAUUGUUUAAAAGCAAAUGUCUUAAGGUAUUUAUUAGAUCAUGAAAAGAAAACUCUAAGUCUAUACUAAUUUCUAAAAAAAUAUUCUUUGGAAACGGGAAACUAUCUAUAAAAUGACUGGUAUAAACAAUAUGUUUAGAUUACAGCAACUAAUUAAUUAGACAAAUUUGGUGUUCCUGUUCCAUUUUCUAAGACAACAUUAAUAGAAGAUGAAAUUUUUAAAGUACUAAAAGACCUUGAAAUUAUUCCUCAAAAUCUAGAUAUACCAAAUUAUCAGCUUAGUUACCUACAAUCAAUAGAUAUUAAUCCUUAUUUGCUUAAAGAAGUUUUAUUUGCAGAUGCACUUGGAUUAGAUUUUGUCAGUUCAAAAAAUAUCAUAAAAUGUUGUGGAGAAUCUAUUCAUUUGGAGAAAAACUAGCUUGUUUCUGUCGAGGCGUUUGAAAAAAUAGAAGAUGGUGUUUGUCUUAGCUUAAGGAAAUUAUUUAAUCUGCAAUAUAAAAUCCUUCCUAUUUCAAAGUAUAUUUCUCUACCUAGUUGGAUGUCUUACGAAUUUAAGAAUGGAGUAAUAAUUUUAGAGGGCAUUCCUACUAAAUCUGAUGUUAAUAGAUUUUUAAUUAGAGUUUAUGACUAAUCACGCUUCGUAUCUUACUAAUUUCAUUUGAAUGUAGUUGGAGAAUCUAAAAUAAAAAGUGAAAUAGGUACUCAGUUUUUGAAUCAGUAAAUUAAAUAAAAUAAAAUAAUUAAAGAUACAGAUGUAAAGCUAAAUUUUUUAAGUCAAUAAUAAAACACUAAAUAAAAUUAAUUUGAUGAUCAAACCAACAAUAACUCUAUUAUGAAAGAAAGCUAAUAUUCAAAAUACUUUAAAAAAUAAUAAAUUAAUUUAGAUACAAAAUCAAUUUAAAGUAGUCCAAACUAAAAUAUAAUCAAUAAUUAGAGCAAUGAUAACUAUGAUGAAAUAGAUGAAAACAUUUAUUAAGGAAUAAAAUCCAUGACUGAAUAUGAAUAAGAUUUAGUUUCUCCUCCCAUUUUCAUGCACAGACCUAGUUGUGUAGAAAAGAGUCCUAUACAUAAUCUUAAACUAGAUAGCCUAAUGCCAUCUAUUUAAUAAUAAAUAUUGCAAGACAGAUAAAAUUAAUAGGAUUAUGAAAGAGAUUAACUCGGUUAAUCACAAUCUUUAUAUGAUUAAUAACUAAAUAAAUAAAAAAUUGAUCAUAUUUCUAAACAUAAUAGAAACAAUAAUUUGCAAUGA